AAACCAAACACUCCCUUAUUACUCCCUUCCUCUUCUUUAUUCUUACAGUUCUCUUCCUUCUCCUGAUUUAGCAAAACCCUUUUUUCCCUUUAAAACCACUCAGACUCUCUCUCUCUUCAUCCUCUGGCUGUCUCUUUAAUCAAUCAUGGACCUCAGCCUCGUACCUUACCAACACACUUCCCCAUCUCUCCCCCAUCACCAUGAUCAUGACCAUCCUCGCUCUCAACAUCCCAUCAUCAUCCGUCCUAAUCCCGACAACUACCUCGUCAAGUAUAAAGAAUGCAUGCGCAACCACGCUGCUUCCAUCGGCCGCCACGCCAAUGAUGGCUGUGGUGAGUUCAUACCUCGUGGCGAUGACGGUACCCGUGAGUUCCUCACCUGUGCUGCAUGUGGCUGCCACCGUAAUUUCCACAGAAGAGAAGGUGGUGCUUCUUCUUCUUUGCAGCAUUAUGAUCAUCACUACCAAGUUUUCUCAUACAAUGCUGCUUCUGGGAAGAAACACCUGAUGAGUUCUUACUUUGAUGAUGGCACUGAUAUUGAUGAUCAUGAUCGGAGAUCGGAGACGCCUGAGAGAGAGGAGGUGAAUGUGGCGUCCGGUGGAAGGUCCGGUGCUGCUGCGGCGGCGGGAAUGAAGAAUAAAAGGUUUAGGACAAAGUUUACGCAGGAGCAGAAGGAGAGGAUGCUGGGGUUUGCGGAGAAGAUAGGGUGGAGGAUAAAUAAGAAUGAUGACGUGGCGCUUAAUAACUUCUGCAAUGAAGUUGGUGUUAAACGCAGCGUUCUUAAGGUUUGGAUGCAUAAUAAUAAGAGUGCACACCGCCGUAAAGAAGCUGCUCCACCGGUAUCACCAGUGGCCGCUCCUCCUCCUCCUCCACCUCCUGAUCAGCCUCCUGCGCCACCUCAGCCUGCUGGAGUCUAAUGUUUUGGGUUGCUCUUCUCCUCUCUUUCAUUUUAUUAGAUUGGUUAUGGGAAUUAAUUAAUCCAUCUGUUGUUUGGAUUAGUUAGUGGCAUAUAAUAUGUAUUAAUUAUAAUUAGUUAAUUAAUGAAAAUAGCAUUUUAUCUAAAA